UAAAUUAACGCGUGCAGUUCUACGUAUUGUUGGAUUAUGGCCCAAUUCAAAAAAGUCAAGUGGUUGGUUAUCCAAGUUUCAAAUAUACAUAUCAAUUAGUAUGAUAUCAAUCUGCAACGCUGUUCCACAAAUUAUCAAGCUGAUUCUGAUAUGGGGUGAUUUAGACCUCAUGACCAAAAUUCUUUCUACCACAGGCAUACCUGUAAUCCUGGCUCUAUUCAAAAUGAUUAAUCUCUGGACUGCCAAAGAAAAGCUUGAGCCUUUAAUCGCUUGCAUCGAACAAGAUUGGACGAAUUAUAAAACAGAAAAUGAACGACAGUUGAUGGUACAUUGGGCUAAAAAGUGUCGAAAGGUUUCACUGUUUUAUGUGUUCUUAUCACAGAGUUCUAUCGGCUUUUUCACUAUCCAUCAACUUUCUUUAGCAAUAAUAGAAGGCAGGAAUGACUUAACUAAUAUAACGAGAAUAACAUAUUUGGAAGGGUACUUUCCAUACGACAUCAACAAAAGUCCCAAUUUUCAACUUUGGUGGUUAUUGCAGUGUAUAAGUCUUCAAUUGGGAAAUGUCACUUUUGUUGGUAUUGAUAGCCUUUUUGCCAUCCUCGUCUUGCAUAUUUGUGGCCAAUUCAGAGUUUUACGUCAACGUGUAUUAGAAUGUGUUGAGGAAACUGAUGGUGAAUUUCACAAAAGGAAAUUGCAUGAGAAAGUAUCUCUCAUUAUUCGAAGACAUGCGCAUCUUAACAACUGCAUUACUGUAAUUGAGGAUACUUUCAAUUUAACGUUCCUUGUCCAAAUCAUUGGAUAUACUACUUUGUUUUGCGUACAGGGCUACGUUCUAAUUUUGGCAAUGACUGAAGAUCAUGUGGGGUCAAGUGCACUUGAAUUGGCUUUUAUGAUAAUAUAUAUUCAAUAUAUGGUACUGAAUUUUUACCUUUGUUGUUAUAUAGGAGAAACAUUUCGUAAAGAGAGCACAAGAAUUUCAUUUGCUGCCUAUAGUUGUAAAUGGUACAACUUGAGACCAAAAGAAGCAAAAUUCAUCCUAUUUUUAGUACAUAGAGCAAGAAGAACAGUUGACAUCACCGCUGGGAAAUUUUUCGUUUUCACUUUGGAGCUCUUUACCACUAUUAUGAAGACCUCUUUGGGGUAUCUAUCAAUGUUGCUGGCAGCCAAAAGGGGAAAUAUGAAUUAAGGUUUGUUAAGAAAGCACAUUUUAAUAAUUUCAGUAUAACAAAUUAAAAGAGGCAAUUAAAUAGAAAAAUUGUACUUGCAUAUGGAAUUUUUUGGUUGUAUAUGGUUCCUAG